AUGAGUUUGAAUUUGGAGAAUGUGUUAGGUUUCAAGGUCAAGGUGACUAAUGUUUUGGAUAUGGUCACUGAAGGGACAGUAUACUCAUAUAAUUCCAGCAAUAAUACCAUAACGAUCCAAACCUCUUUGAAAAAAGGUGUUGGAUCCUUUAAGAUUAUUAAAUGUAGUUUUAUUAAGUCAGUUGAUGUUAUUGGUGAGAAACCUUUGAAUAAUACUUUCAAGAAACAGCAGUUGAAGCCAUCUUUUGUCAAUUUGGACAGAGUACAAAAGUCCUUGGACAAUACUUUAGUUGAAGUUACGAAGAGGGACGUGUUGGUUGGUAAAGGUGUUAGCAAGCAGGGACAAGCUAUAUUUGAUGCUUUGUACAAGACUUUUUCCGAUACCAGAUGGUCAGGCAAGAAUAUUAUAGUUUUGGAUGACGUCCAGCUUGAACCGGCUUACAAAUUGAACAAUGUCAAACCUUUGGGUGAUGUGAAACCUGAAACUGUUGAGAUGAUAAAGAAGAUUGUUGAGAGAACUUGGGAAAGAUUGACAGCCGAAGGUUUGGAUGAUGAUGAAAAUGAAAGGAAAGGUGGUUAA